AUGACAGACAAAAAUGAACAACACAAUACUACAACCACCUCAUCACCAUCAAUCUCAAAGCCAACCACUACAGCAAAUUCUACCUCAAUUUCUGACUGUGGUGACAAAAGUCCAAAGCAAACUGAUGAUGCAGAUCUUAUGGUCAUUCCCUUAACUUUGAGGCAUACAUCAAGAACUUGGAUUCACUUUACAAGAAAACGAGUUGGGAAGGAAAUAAAAGUUGAAUGUAACUAUUGCAAUAAACAACUUACUGGAGGACCAAGAGCGGGGACAAGUCACUUAACCGAGCAUGCAAAUAAAUGUGUCAAAAGAAAAUGCCUAGAUAUUCGACAAACAAGGCUAUUUGGAACACAAGCUAAAGAUGGUGGUUCGAAUGACAUUCUUUCUUUGGCACCAUAUGAAUUCCGCCAAGAUAAAGGGAGAAAAGUCUUGACAGAAAUGAUCAUUUUGCAUGAACACCCUCUUACCAUUGUUGAACAUUAUGGCUUUAAGAAGUACUCCAAUACACUUCAACCAGGCUUUAAAGUUUCGUGUCGUAAUACAACCAAGAAAGAUAUCAUGCAAAGAUACGAGACUGAAAAAGAGGGCAUAAGUGCAUUGUUGAGAAAAAUGAAUAGUAGGAUCGCCUUGACCACUGGCAUGUGGACCUCAAGCAAUCAAAGAAAGGGAUACAUGGUUGUCACUGCACACUUUAUUGAUAAUGGAUGGAAACUCCAAAGUCAAACACUUAGGUUUUUGUAUGUCCCGGCACCUCACACGGCUGAGGUUCUUGCUGAACAUUUGAAAGAAUGCAUCCACUCUUGGAAUAUUGAUAUCAGGUUGUCUUGUAUAACUGUGGAUAAUCGCACAACUAAUGAUGCUAUGAUUGAUAUUUUGUGUCAAGAGUUUCCUUAUGGCUCGCUAAUGUUGCAUGGACGUUUUCUUCAUAUGCGUUGUUGUGCUCAUAUACUUAAUUUGAUUAUUCAAGAUGGGUUGAGUUCUGAGAUAAAAAAUGGUCUUGAUAGAAUUAGGGAUAGUGUUGCCUUUUGGACUGGUUCAGAUAAAAGAAAUCAAAAUUUUGAACAAGUAGCUAAGCAAGUGGUUCCUGAAUGUACAAAAAAGUUACAACUUGAUUGCAAGACUAGGUGGAAUUCGACUUAUAACAUGUUUAUGGUUGCUUUAAAUUAUAAGGAGGUAUUUGUUGUCUUGAGUGGUCGUGAAAGUUUGUUUAAGAAUCUGCCACUUAAUGAUGAUUGGCAAAAGGUGGAGAAAAUUUGUGAAUUAUUGGAAGUGUUUAACGAUAUUAUACUUGUAUUUUCUGCCUCUAAAUAUCCCACAACAAACAAUUAUUUUCCAUGUAUUUGUGGGGUUAGAAUAACAAUGUCGAAUUGGCUUUCAUCGCCCUGUGAUUAUAUAAGAAAGAUGGUGCUAGUAAUGUUGGAGAAGUACAACAAGUAUUGGGCUGAUGUUAAUGGUCUUAUGGGCGUGGCCACUAUACUUGAUCCGAGGUUCAAGCUGAAAUUGAUUUGUUUCUAUUUUGAAAAAUUUUAUGACGCGUUUAUUGUUCAAGCUGAGAUUGAUAGAAUUGAAGGUCUUCUACAUGAAUUAGUGGAUGAGUAUGGAUAUAGAAAUGGUAAGAACCAAGCAAGUAAGAGCAAAAUCAAAUAUGUUGGUUUUUUCAAUACCAAGGGUAAAGGAACAAUGUUAAACUAG